GUCACACCGUUUUCAUCUUGCAGUGCAAUGGCGAGGACUCUGCUGUCUGCUUUGUGUCUCCUGGUUGGUCUUGUAUGUUUCCCAAGUACAGAAUGUUGGGAAGCACCCUGGUUCUGUCAUGGACGUGAGUGUCCUGUGUACACUGUGGUACAACAGCAUGAGGGGUUUGAGGAGCGUAACUACGAAGUGAGCCAUUGGAUUACCACUGAUGUUGCGAGCACCAGCGAUAGUGAUAUAAAAGACGGAUUUUGGAAACUGUAUUAUUUCAAUCAAGGUCAAAACAGUGAGAGCAAGGAGAUUCCUAUGACCAGACCUGUGCUGGUCUCAGUAAAGGAAGCUGAUGGUAUGGGCGAAGAAAAGGUGUCUAUUUCCGUCUUCCAGUCUGACACAGACAUUCCUGAGCCCACUGAUAAUACCAUCAGAAAAACAGUCAUACCCGGCGGUACUGUCUACAUCAGGUCAUUUGGUGGUGUCGCGUCUAAUAAAGAUGCCUUGGAGAAUGUCCAUCAGCUUAGGGAGGACCUCAGAGCUGCAGGAAAGGAGUUUGUUGAAAACAGGUUUGAUGCAGCUGGAUAUGAUGCACCGUGGGAUCUGAUCAACAGGCACAAUGAAGUUUGGGUUCGUGCACCCUGAGGACCUGAAGAUACAGAAAUUCUGAUUAUGUUACUCAUUCCUGCGGUGUAACCUCUUUUUACUUUGAAGUUUUGAAGUAUAUCAUAUGACGAAAUGAUAAUCUAGCGUCAUGUUUCAGUCUUAACUGUUGGAUUAAUGUUUCAUUUUGGGCAUUACAAAAGUGGAAGUUCUUUGAAGUUGUUUGACAGGAUUAUAAACUGGUUUUAGGAAUGUGGUGACUGUCAUAGGUUCAGACGGGUUGCAGUAAUAUUUACUGAAAUGUAAUAGCUUUAACAAUAAAUCAUUUGACUUCUUUUUUCAAAA